CCGCCAUUUGUGCUCGGUUGGUGCGUGUUCUUUCGGGCUGUUCAAAUAAAAUAGAUUUUAGUGCUUGAAAUCACAGUAAAUUGGACAAUUUUGUGCUUCAUUCCAAAGUGCGGUUACCAGUGCACGUUUGGGUGAUAUUUUAAAGUCGAAAUGGUUCGCAACACACGCACUUCGGCGGCAGUGAAAAAUUCCAACCCGUCGCCAUCGAUAGUGAAGGAGGACGAAAAAAGUGAGACUCCGCCACUUCCAACAACAACCAAAGCUGCAGCAGCACCAUCAUCGCCGAAAGGAAGUGGUGCAAGUUCUGGUGAUGACGGCAAGGAAGGGACUGGGGAUCGUGAAACGGCCGCCAGUUGCUCGCCGGGGCCUUCAGGAGAAAAUAUUGCGUUCGGCCCCAAUGUAGCUGUGCUGGUGGAAAAAUUGGAUAUGAGUGCACAAAGUCCAGUUGCUUCGCCCGCCACUGCCCGGAAGAGUGUCCGGGGAAAACCGCGCCCGGUUCAACCAGCCAGAGUGACUCGUACCAGUCAGCGGUUCGCAUCGACGCACGGUAGCGCGUUCGGUGCAGAAAACUCCGACACAUCCGACUCUUCUCAAACAGCUGCCCCCAGGAUGGAGGAGGAUGAUAACGAAAAAGUAGUGGAAGACGACUCCCCGAGAACGAUGGAAUCUUCGCCGGUAACGAUCAGCAGCAGUAGCAGCGACAGGGGCGGGGCAGACGACGGUGCUGGCAUGAUUGAAGUGAUUGAAGUCAUCGAGGAAGAUUCGAAAUCACAGGACGCGGUUGUCAGUAUCGCUAGUAGCAGUACACCGCAAACCAUGGAAGUGGACAGUUGCGGCGGGGACGGUGGUGAAGUAAAGGAAGAAGUUGUGGAAGCGGAAAACCCCGUCGAGAAAAAGGUGACUGCUAAAGGUGGUCCCAAGAGAAAUGGACGGAAAAGUAAGGGUAAAUUAGAGCCCAUGAACGUCGCUGUGGAUGAAGUCGCUUUAUCAGAAAGUACACAAGAAGGAAUGAUUCAAGAGAGCGCUGUUGUUAGUUUGGAUGAGAAAAUAAGCGAAGAGACAAAGCGUUCUUCGGAGGAGGAAGAUGCAUCAAGCACAGUGAGUAGUGGAGCAGCCAGUGUACAACCUGUCGGAAAUUUGGAUGUCGAUCUCAGCUCCAAGACAGAUCCUCCGAGUGCAACUAGGAAAUCCAAAAGGCAGGUUAAAGUGACGAACAAGUAUAAAGAUUUCGUGGUUGAUGCACCACUGCCAUCAUCUCAAGUACCCUAUGCCGAUGUUAAGCUCGCCCGAGCAAACUCCGGAGGUGGAAGAAAAAGUUUACCUCUGAAAACGGAAACGGAAGUAGCGAUAUCAUCUAUUGACGAUAUGAGUCCAGAUUCACCGCCGAUGGCUUUGCAGACUCCCACGAAAACGUAUAGCGGAAAGAAAAAGAAGCAGGAAUCUCCGACAAAAGUUGAAACGCCUGAAAAACCUAAAAGAAGAGGCCGAGCUGCAACCCCUGUGCCUCGAACACGGAAAAAGAAGGAAACCAAAACUGCAGCUGUAGAUGAUAAGGAAGUGCUGGUUGACGAGUCUCUGCACAGUCGGAAUGAUUCAACGAUUUGUCUCAACAUCGACAGUAGUUACUUCUCGGAUGACGACAUUUUUCAGCAACGAAGUCCUUCGCCGUUGGGUUUCUGUGGCUAUUCGGAUGAUGAGUAUAAUGAUCCUGGCGCCGGGCCUUCGCUAGCAUUUUUCAGAUUGACUGAGUUUAUUUCUGAUCCCAGUAUGUCGACGGUCAGUCGGAUUACAGCUGAAAAGAACGUGGAAGUCAAGGAAAGAACACAAUCGGAAACAGAUUUAUCGGUUAAAAAACGGGGAAGGAAUUCAAAGAAAACGGCUCCUAUUGCGGUGGAAUCGGAUAAAAAACAGAUGCACAGUAAGGAAAAAGCCGAAGAAGAUUGUUUAGAGCUCGAAGUUGGCGAUGAAACUGGUGAGGUGGGAGAUGUGAUGGAAGACUCAAUGGAAAUAGUCCUCCAAGCCGAUGAAAUUAUACUGGAUGACACUCCUUUGGAAGUUCUACCUCCGGAGGAACCGAAGCCUCCGAGAAAUCGUCGUCGAAUAAGAGGAGGUAAACGAAUUUCCCCCUCCGAUGGACCCUUGCGACGGGGUAGGAGCAAACGAGAUACAGCGUCGGAGCAGGAAACUGAAAGUAUUGAACUGGCUGAAGAGGUUGAAAAACUAGCAGAACCUGUAGCUUCGCAACAACCGAUGGAAGUAGGGGAAAUUGUAGCUGAUACUGUUGGGGAAAAGGAUGAACCGUUUGUAGGAAGUAUCUUGAUUGAAGAAAGUAAGAAAACGGAAAGGAAACUAUCUGUUUCUCUAAGUAAGAGCAGAGCCUUCGAACAAGAAAAACUGAUGAAAACCCCGACAAAAAAGAAGGAUGAGAUUGAAAGUGUGCGAGAUUCUUCUUUGGAAUCGAAUAGAUCUGAUUCGAAGUCUCGAAAAUCUAAACAUGAUAAAACACCAAGUAAAGUAGAAGUCAAGGACCCUGGAAAAUUGGAAUCAAAUUUAUCCAUCCCAGUAGUGAUUGAUCAAACGGAUCCAGCUGGAAAAUCUAUUGAGGUCAAGGAGCAUACCAGAAUCAAAGAUAGUGAACCGCCAGAAGCAUUACAACCAGUGAUAAAAACUGAAGUCGAGAAGACUGUUAAAGUCCCUCUUAAAGAAGAACCAUCAAAGGAACUGAAAAAAUCGAAAGAGCGCCGCGACAGUUCUCACCAUCGACACAAGGAGCACAAAAAGUCUAAGGAGCACCACUCAUCAUCUCGCGAUCGGGAAAAGGACCGGGAACGUGAACGCGAUAAAUCGCGUUCCGAUCGAAAGGAAUCUUCCUCGAAGCAAAGCAGCAGCAAAGACCGAGAGCGAGAGAAAGAAAAGGAUCAUCGACACCAUCGGGAGAGGAAAGAAAAACAUUCAUCGGAUUCUUCGAGUCGCAAAGAAAAGCGAUCGACAGACGGUAGCUUGGAUAAAAAAUCCAAGGAAUCUACUGGGGACCGACGUUCGGAUUUAAAGACAUCAGAAAAGAAGUUGGUUGAAUCGAUUAAAAAAGAACUCACCAAACAUGAUGAUUCAACAGCAACUCCAGUUAAGAAUGAAAGUAGCAAAUCGAUAGAAGAUACGAACGCGACUCUCAAGCGGGAAGUCUCUAGUUCACCAAGUGUGUCAACUAAAAAGGAAAUUUCCAAAACAAGUGUUGAUUCAAAUUUAAUAUGUAAGACAGAAAUCCCUAAACCGCCGAUUGAUCCAACUGUGGUUACAAAAAAGGAAUUUUCAAAGCCCCUCAGUGAUUCCACAUCGAAGAACGAACCCAUCAAAUCAGCAACUGAAAAAGAUACGACCAAAUCACCAGCUUCAAAGAAAUGCUUCGACUCCGAACUGCAGGCUUUGGAUACAACUAAAAAGGUAAUCGGAAUGGGAACGGACGACUCGAAGCGCCACAGCCUAAAAGAUGCCGAUAAAUCCCGGCGUUCGGAAAAACACAAACCCGCGGAUUCGAAAAAGAAAAGUACCAGCACUGCCGAUUCGAAGUCAACUGAUAAAGCUGACAAUCGAUCCACGGAUGUUUCCCCACAUAGCAGAAAACAUAGUUCCAGCGGUAGCUCUAAAAAAGUCAAAGAAUCGAAAGAUUCAGAAAAAAGUUCCAAGGCUAGAAAGAGUCUGAGUAGUUCUCUGAAGGAUAUAAAGCCUUCAAAUGAAGUUGGAAAGGUAAAGGGAGACCAGCCGCUUGAAAUAAUAGAAAAAACGGAUGUCGAGGCCAUUAAGCCAGUAGUUGGUGGGGAUAUAGUAAAAAUAAAAGAUGAAACCUAUGACGAGUCAAAAUCGACGGCGCCUCCAGUAGACCAGGAAGAUAACCAAGCGACGGAAUCUCUGAAUCCCAUGCCCACGAAAGCCUCCCGGAAGAUGUACCAGAGCUCGGAGGAAAUAAUCAUUCCUAGCAGCUCAUCGCAGGAGACGUGCAGUUCGCAGGCCUCGUUAAAAGGUUUAUCGGAAAUGGAAUGUGAUGCCCCUCCGGAGGUUAAACCCGAGCCUGAAGUCGAACUGGAAAAAAUGUCGGAAGCAUUCGAUAACAGUGUUAAGAUAUCCGGUCCCCGACCCGAAGUAGCCUUGAAAGAGUUUGAAAACAUUUCUCUUUCGGAAGAGUCUGCUUCGGUUAAACAGGAGCAAGUGCCUUCCGCUUUGGAACAAAAACCGGAUGUACAGGAACAAAAACCGAAUGUGGAGGAAUUGGAGCGGCGAGAAUCGAUAUCACCGCCAACGACGCAGGAGGAUGAUUCCAAUUCGAACAACAGUGUCAAUAUGUCGUUGCCUUCGGACACGAAAGGGUCGGAACUGGACGACAGUAGCAUCAGGAGAUCGACACGUAUCAAGACCAUAAGCUCGCAAAAGCAAAAAACCAGUGGUCACGGUCUGGUUAAAGAUCGAGAUAAGUUCUUGAAGAAAACAACAUUUUCGUUGGGCUUCGAUUCCAAAGUACUGAAAGAUGCCGUAACUGGUAGUUUCAACGUGAUCACGACCGGUGAGUAUUGUGCCGGAAUGGAUUUGGCAGGUGUUGGAGAUAGCCAGGUUACCAAUAUAGAGCUAUCCGAGGAAUACCUUCGCGAUAUGGAGGAAAAACUUAGUCGUUUCGAGACGAUCAAGGAAAAUCUGUACAUGUGUGAAAGGAUAACAAGUAAAGAGGCGAAAAAGAUGACUUGUGACUGCUUCCUGACGCAGGAGGAAAUCGAACGAGGAGAGCUGGGUUGCGGCGAAGAUUGUUUGAAUAAAUUGCUGAUGAUUGAGUGCGGACAACGGUGCGUUGUGGGAGAUCGCUGUACUAAUAAACGGAUCCAGAAAGCAGAGUAUGCCAACUGUCAAGUUUUCCGAACGGAGAAAAAGGGAUUUGGUGUGCAAGCUAGCAUUGCCAUUCCGCCGGGAGAGUUUAUCAUGGAGUAUGUUGGUGAAGUAUUGAACAGUGAGCAGUUUGAAGACCGUGCCGAAAUAUAUUCUAAGGAAAAGAACAAACAUUACUACUUCAUGGCACUGCGAAGUGACGCUAUCAUCGAUGCAACCACUAAGGGUAAUAUUUCUAGAUUUAUUAACCACUCUUGUGACCCGAAUGCUGAAACUCAAAAGUGGACUGUCAAUGGAGAGCUUCGGAUAGGCUUCUUCAGUACAAAAUAUAUAUUGCCAGGAGAGGAAAUCACUUUCGAUUACCAGUUUCAACGGUACGGCCGAAAAGCACAGAAGUGCUACUGUGAAGCCGAUAACUGUACAGGUUGGAUUGGAGGCGAUCCGGGCAGUGACGGAGAAUCCGAAUACGAAGAAGAAGAAGUCGAAGAAAGCGAAGAGGAAGAUGAAAAGCCAGCCAUCGAUGCUGAGACAACUGUUUCUACCAUCCCAUUAGAAAUUACAACUGAAGAGUCUGCGGUAUCAACUUCACCAGCAACGAUCAAACAAGAAGGCGAGGCAGAUAUAAAACCGGCAACAACUCCUCUUAUAAAACCACAUGAACCGAAACCCAAGAAAAUACGCAAACGUAUCGAACGAACCAAGACUCCUCGAAUGCGCAUCAUAGAGGACCCCGAUUUGGAGAAGGAAAUUAACAAUCUGCUACGAACGGGUCUAAAGAAUCAAGCUCACACGCUAAAAUUGUCUCGUUUGAUGGUCCGUGCCAAGGACAUUCGUUCACGCUCGCGAUUGCUUACAAUCCUACAGAGCGGAGAACUGCCUUGUCGACGGUUAUUCCUCGAUUAUCAUGGUUUGCGGCUUUUGUACGGCUGGAUUUGUGAAUCCACUGAGUCUAUAGAGGAUCUCAAGUUCCGAAUACAAAUUUUGGAUACUUUGGAUCGCUUGCCAAUAACAAACAAAACCAUGCUAAAGGAUAGCAAAAUUUUGCAAACCAUCGAAAAGUGGUCCAAGAUGGACAAGAAACAGGAAAAAGAACCGGGAAAAGAGAAGGAAAAGGAGACUUCCAGUACCAGCUCACCAAGUGACGAGGCUGGCAGUGAUAGCAAUACCAGUAGUUCAGACGCUAAAAAGCAAGAGCCAGUUGAAAAUGCUGAUGUACUCAAGAAUAUGCCUGAGCUAUUGAAACUAGCUGAUCUUGGCGAGCUUAAGGAAAUCAUUAGCAGUACCUCUUUAGAUAAAGAAGGGGAAAAAGAAAAACCCGUUGAAGCAGCUCCUUCGGCAAUAACCUUGAUCGACUCGAUUGAAAUCCCUGAAACGGAAGAUGAAAACGCACCGGAAGAAAAACGUCUGGGAACUCAGAUAAGGAUACUCUCCUGUAAACUACUCAUUAGUUGGGUAAAUCUCAAAGAAAUCUUCCGAAUUCCGAAGAAAGAACGUAUCGAACAGAUGAAGGAGCACGAACGAGAGGCUGAUCUACGGUACAAAGCGCUGGGUUUAGGAGAUGAAGAUCAAUGGUCUCAUCGGCACCAGUCAAGCCGAUUACCCGAUCGUUCCCGAGAGUUUAAACGCCGCAAAUCGAUGGACGAUCGUGAUUUACUUAACUACCACAAAACCAAGCGACUUCCUCCCAGUUCCACAAUCACUGCCAGCAAAAUGGACCACCUAUCCAAACAGCAACGCCGUCAGCUGUUCGAGAUGCAAGUAGCUCACGAGGAAGCCGAGCGUCGAAACAAGGAACUUUGGCUUAAACACGAAAACAAUUGUAUGAAGUUCGGACUCAAUCCGCACACUACAAAUCCAAUGGACGUUCCAGCUAAAAUGAAUCCUGCCACUGGAGAGUAUUUCUCGGCCGACGAUCGGCUUCUCCCGACACCCCCUAGUCAUGUUUAUUUCAAAGUACUCCCACCACCAAUGCCGACCAAUCCGGAUGACUACGAGCUGCCACCGAUGGAUCUACCUCCUUUGUGGAAAUUUGCCAUCGACGAUCGGGGUCGGCUUUACUACUAUCAUGUCCGGGAUCGGGUACCACAAUGGGAACCUCCCCGCAAGGACCUCUGUCGUCCGCCGGGUCAGCACGGCAUCCGAGAUGAAGACAUUUCCAUGAGCUCCGAUUCUAGCACAACCGAUACGGAGGACUCGGAAGAAGAACACCUGAACACCCAAGUCGAGGCACUCCUCAAGCGAAAGAAAAAGCAACAAUCUAGCUUUAAUUUGGAUGACGUACUGGCCAAACCGGACGAUUUAAACGAUGAUUUGUCCAAGACGAUCAAGGAUCUUGACGGCGUGGACUCUUCACCGCAAGCCAGUAGCAGUACCGAAAAGCUACAGGGCGAAUUGUUGGAACGAACUGCCGAAGAGUUGCUGCAACACCGCAAACGGAAGCACAGUAACAAAUUGGUGCAGGAGAAGAUCAUCAGCCCACGCACCGAGGAGGACAAACUGUACGGCCAGAUGGAGAUGAAACGCUACAAGGAAACCAAAGAAAAGCUACGCCGCCGAAAGGAGGAAGCCAAACGGCUGCGGGCCCGCAGUUUGCUGGACAAAUCGCUUUCGGAGAGCCCAUUCACGUCGACCUCAUUCUCGGUGGAUGUUCUGGAUAAAAGUGCCGCCGAGAGCUCGCUCAUCGAUGACGAUCUGGUUGUGGUAUCGCACAAGAUUGUCGACGAUAAGUGCAUCGUCGAUGAGCUCGAUAUUUUAACUAAGAAAAAGAAAAUUUCCCCCUACGAAGAGUGGCAGAAGGUUAAACAACGUUUGGGCAAGAAACGAGCGGCGGCCAAGAUGGGUGAAAGUUCCAGCUAUAGUGGAUCGCCGGUAUCUUCCGGCAGCCUGAGUGCCUCCAAAGUUGGCAAACGGAAAAAGACAGACAAGUUUGAUCUCAGCAGUGACGAAGCUCGCAAGAUUAAAGAAAAAUUCCGUACUGAGAUUGCCGGUGUUAUCGUUCAGCAUUUAGGUGCCUACCGUAAAGAGUCCUGCCAAAGUGGACGAAUCACCACCAACGAUGAUUUUAAGCAUCUUGCACGAAAGCUCACUCACUUCGUGCUGCUGAAGGAGCUUAAACAUUGUGACAAUACCGUCAACGAGUUGGAAGUAACGGAUUCGGUGCGCAACAAAGCUCGAGAGUUUAUCAAAAAGUAUAUGGCCAAACACGGAUCGGUGUACGUUCGGGGUGAAAACGAACCCGACUAUGCGAGCAUAAAUCUCUGAGACGAAGCCAAGGGAAGGCCGGUGGGUUCUGUUAAUCCGCCGGUAGCUUCUCAGCCCAAGUCGGCUCCAAUGGUAUCUUGCUCGCCCGCUAAGAAAUCAUCGAACGACGAUGGUGAACCAGAUUGAAUUGAAUAGUUUUAAAUUUCCAGAAAUACCCAAUACAGCUUAUUGUAUUCCUAAUUUAGCAUUCUUAGGGUAUCGAACAACAAAAAUCAUCCAGUAAUGGGAUACCAAAAUGAUUUGAAUCCGUCGAUUUUAGAAAUCGACCACAGUGCAUUAUAUAUAUAGUGUUUUAAAUAAAUUAUGGAACUAUCUGUAGUAGAAACCAUG